GGUCCCAUGGAUGCUGUGGCCCUGGUGGGAACCAGAGGUCUCUAACAGAGGAGUUCUGCAAAGUCCCUCAGCCCCAUGGAGCACCUGUCAUGGGUCCGGCCAGCGCUUCGCUCAGCCUCGGAUCGUGUCUCCAGGAGCAGCAGCGUAGGAUGCAGGAUGGGGUUGCUUGGGAGCAAGAACCAGUUGAUGCCCAAUGCAUCUGGAAGCAACCCAAAACCCAAGAGCAAACCUCCUCCUGCCCCUCCCAAGGGCAGACAAUUUAUCAACAUCUCUCAUCUAAACCAAGCUUCUGUACAAGAUAGUUUGAUUGUGGUUGCACUGUAUGACUUCAGUGCCUCGAGUGACCGCGACCUGCAGCUGGUCAAGGGGGAGAAGCUCCAAAUCCUCUCCAACGAGGGGGACUGGUGGUUGGCCAAGUCCCUGAGCAGCGGGAGGAAAGGCUACAUCCCAAGCAACUUCGUCGCACAAGUAGACAGCUUGGAAGAGGAGAAGUGGUAUUUCAGGACCCUGAGCAGAAAAGAUGCUGAACGGCUGCUGUUGUCUCCUGGUAACAAAGUUGGCUCCUUCCUGGUCCGAGAGAGUGAAACCAGCAAAGAUUCCUAUUCCUUGUCAGUGAGGGAUGUUGACUCUGCCCAUGGGGACAUCAUCAAACACUACAGGAUCCGUGCCUUAGAUGGGGGGGGGUACUACAUCUCCCCCAGGAUGACCUUCCCCAGCCUGCCUGAGCUCAUCCAGCAUUACAGCCAGAAAGGGGAUGGCCUGUGCCAGCGGCUCACUGCCCCCUGCAAAUCCCUGGUGCCCCAGAGGCCUUGGGCACAGGAUGAGUGGGAGAUCCCACGGGAGUCCCUGAAGCUGGUGAAGAAACUUGGCAGUGGGCAAUUUGGGGAAGUGUGGAUGGGCUACUACAAGAACAACAUCAAGGUGGCUGUCAAGACCAUGAAAGAGGGCAGUAUGGAUCCUGAGGCUUUCUUGGCAGAGGCAAACUUGAUGAAGAGGCUGCAGCACAACAAACUGGUCCAGCUGUAUGCAGUAGUCACAAAGCAGCCCAUCUACAUCGUGACAGAGUACAUGGCUAAUGGGUGUCUGCUGGAUUACCUGAAGACAGAAGAAGGAAGCCAACUGAAUCUCCCCAAACUCAUUGAUAUGUCUGCCCAGGUGGCGGAGGGAAUGGCAUACAUCGAGCGCAUGAACUCCAUCCACCGUGACUUGAGAGCCGCCAAUAUCCUCGUCUCCGAGACACUCUGCUGCAAAAUUGCUGAUUUUGGCCUGGCCAGGAUCAUAGAGAAUGAGUACUUGGCACAAGAAGGUGCCAAAUUCCCCAUCAAAUGGACAGCACCAGAGGCCAUCAACUUCGGGGUUUUCACCAUCAAAUCUGAUGUGUGGUCCUUCGGCAUCCUGCUGACGGAGAUCAUAACCUACGGCAGGAUCCCUUACCCAGGCAUGACCAACCCCGAGGUGAUUCGCAACCUGGAGCGGGGCUACCGCAUGCCCUGCCCGGACAUGUGUCCCCUGGAGCUCUACAAUAUCAUCCUCAAGUGCUGGAGGAGCAAACCCGAGGACCGUCCCACCUUCGAGUACCUGCAGUCUGUGCUUGAGGACUUCUACACCGCCACAGAGAAGCAAUACGAGCCAGAGCCUCAUCAGUGAGUCCCUCUCCCUCUGUCCCCCGGGGGCAGACCUGCAGCUAAGCCACCCCCCAGCCAUGGCUCAUUUCAGACCUUUCUCUCCUGCUCACCACGAUGCAGUCAGAGCCCGGGAAGGAGAGGAGACAUGAGGGUGAUGGAUGCUGCCAGCUCUGUGGUUAGCAUGGAGACUGUGGGGUGGCUGAGAGCUGGCACAGCUCCAUCCUCGUCCACCUUGGAGGUCUCUACCUGCUUCACAGUCAUCAUGAAGAACAGCAAACUCCUUCGUGACCCACCUGAAGACAGCAAUGCUCCUCAGCCCCACAGCUGCAGCCCUAGGAAGAAGGGGCCCUGGUUGGGGUGGUGGUGCACAAUCUCACCCCCAUUCUGUUGCCACUGCUGGCAAUACUACAUCUCCCUUCAUGCCAUGAGCUGGGGUGGAAACAGGUCCUGUCUGCACCUCCUUGGGCCACACACAAGCUCUGGAGCCAUGUUUCCAGGUGGUGCCACUCCUCUGCCCCAAGGCAAUAAUAAAGAACUGGA